UUCAGUGGUUGCGUGGAGUAGGAAAACAACAUGACUUCAGUGACUGGCACAUUCAGGAUCGUUUCCGAGGAGGAGCAAGCCUUGCGUUCCAAACUUGAGAGGCUGACCACCAAGGACCAUGGCCGCGUCUUUGGGAAGUGUGAGAAAAUCCCUGACUAUACCUUGCAAAAGGCCAAGGACGAACUGAACGAGACCCAGGAGAAGCGCGAGCUGGCUGUGAAAGAGCUGCAGGAACUGGUGCAGGAGAAAGCCAAAGGAGGAGAGGACAUCUGCAAGGUGGUGGCUGAGAAAGUGAAAGGAAAAGAUGAUGCUUUCUUCCUGCGUUUCAUCCGAGCCCGUAAAUUUGACAUCAGCAGGGCUUAUGAUCUGAUUAAAGGUUAUGUCAACUUCCGCCAGCAGUAUCCAGAGCUCUUUGAAAACCUGACUCCCGAGGCUGUGCGCAGCACCAUUGAGGCUGGCUACCCAGGCAUCUUGGCCAACAGGGACAAGUAUGGACGGGUGGUGCUGCUGUUCAACAUUGAGAACUGGGAUUACGAGGAGAUCACCUUUGAUGAGAUUCUUCGCGCCUAUUGUGUGAUCCUAGAGAAGCUGCUAGAGAACGAGGAGACGCAAAUCAAUGGCUUCUGCAUCAUUGAGAACUUUAAUGGGUUCACCAUGCAGCAGGCCUCUGGCAUUAAACCAUCUGAACUGAAGAAAAUGGUGGACAUGCUGCAGGAUUCUUUCCCAGCUCGUUUCAAGGCCGUCCACUUCAUCCACCAGCCGUGGUACUUCACCACAACCUACAAUGUGGUGAAACCGUUCCUGAAAAACAAACUGCUGGAAAGGGUGUUUGUGCAUGGCGACGAACUUGACACCUUCUACCGAGAGAUCGAUGCCGAUAUCCUGCCAGCAGAUUUUGGGGGCAAUCUGCCCAAAUACGAUGGCAAAGUCACCGCGGAGCUGCUUUUUGGGACCCGACCUGAUGCUGAAGACACAGCUCUUUAAAUAGCAGCAUCUUGGCAUAGAAGAUAGGGCGCAGAGGUGUCCCCCAGCCAUCCUGUUAAACGUAGCAUUGGUUGAAAGAUCUGUCGUGGCCAUAAAAUCUGGGUGUACAUUG